GCUAAUGGUAAUGGUUUCCCAUUGGAAGAGACAGUUCAUCGUUGUUUAAGAAAACCCUCUUUCCCUCCUUUCCAAACCCUCUGCCUCUGGUCCCUUCGCCCAACCCUCAAUUCACUCCCAUCUCCCCAGAGCUUCAUCUCGCCCAAUACGCGAUUCUGGGCGAGUUCCAGGCCAUGGGUACCAGGACCCAGCAGCCAUGCCGGGAAGACGACGACGACGACCUUCCUGGCGGCCCCGGCGCCACAACAAUUUCGGGUCAGUCCGUUUCCAUGAGUGGCAGUGUGGGUUCUCCAUCUAGCCGCAGCGAGCAGACCAUGGCCACCCCUGCCAGCGACAACACUUUUCUCCGAUUAAACAACCUCGACAUUCACGGCGACGAGGCCGGCUCCCAACCACCUACUGCUAAUGUGAAGAAAAAGAGAGGUCAGCGAGCCGUUGGAGGGGACAAGAGUGGAAGAGGGCUUCGCCAAUUCAGCAUGAAAGUUUGCGAGAAAGUGGAGAGUAAGGGAAGAACGACCUACAACGAGGUUGCAGAUGAACUUGUGGCAGAGUUUGCUGACCCUGGCAACAGUGUUGCAUCCCCAGAUCAGCAACAGUACGACGAAAAAAACAUCAGGCGAAGGGUAUAUGAUGCACUGAAUGUUCUCAUGGCAAUGGAUAUUAUAUCAAAAGAUAAGAAAGAGAUACAAUGGAAGGGUCUACCACGAACCAGCCUGAAUGAUAUUGAAGAACUAAAGGCUGAGCGUCUUGGACUUAGAAAUAGGAUUGAAAAGAAAGCAGCAUACUUGCAAGAGCUGGAGGAACAGUAUGUAGGCCUUCAGAACCUAAUACAGCGAAAUGAACAGUUAUUCAGUUCUGAGAAUGCUCCCAGUGGUGGCGUGUCUUUACCUUUCAUCCUGGUGCAGACACGGCCUCAUGCAACUGUGGAGAUAGAAAUAUCCGAAGAUAUGCAGCUGGUGCAUUUUGACUUCAACAGUACUCCUUUUGAGCUCCAUGAUGACAAUUACGUUUUGAAGGCAAUGAAAUUUUGCGACAGACCGCAGUGCGAUAAUACAGCGCAAAAUUUUACUCCCGAUGGCGGGGAGGGUUCUAGCAUGUCAGGCAUGUACCAACAACCCCAGAUCCCUCUUCCUUCAAUGUCUAACACGCCCGUUAGAACUCCAACCUCACCACCACUCCCUGGAAUUAUAAAAGCACGUGUCAAACACGAACAUUGAUCAGUUUUACCGAGCUCAAGUGUCUUGUAUGUGCAUUAAUCUCUGCAUGACUGUAUAUUCUGCAUGUUCACACUGCCGCGGCCUUCGGAUUAUUAUCAUUGGAAUGGGAUCAUAUAGGAUGAUAGUUCAUCGCCAAUCGAACUUCAUGCAAUCAAAUUCAUUUAGCUUGAAACUGAUUUAAGUGGUUGGCUGGCUCAGGUUAAAUUCUUUGCUUCUGAUGUUUUUUUAACUUUCACUGUAUUUGAUUAGUCAUUUAAUUCUCCUCUUCCUAUUUCCCCGCCCUUCCAGUAGAAGUAUAGAUUUGAAAUGUAUUAGGAUUAUGCAAUGGUUGAUUAAACUACAGAGAGCAUUACAGAAUGAGUUGAAGAGCAAUGCUGAGAAUCUGUUUAACUUUGUAUAGAAAUAUAUUUCUAAUGUCAAGUAUUGUCUUAUUA